AAUUUACAAUACCACAUGUUUGCCGAUCAAUCUAAAAUUGAAUGCCCAAAAGAUAAAGAAAUAGUUGUUAAAGGAAACGGUUAUAUCUCAUCACCUAAAUAUGGAAAUAAUAGAAAUUAUGAUUUAGGUCAAAACUGCAAAUGGACAUUAAAACCAUCUCAAUCGGGAACGCUUAAACUAGUAUUCAAAAAUUUCGACAUUGAAUAUGGAACAAACUGCAAAUAUGAUUAUGUAAGAGUGGAAACUUCUUCAACCUCCAAGAAAUUCUGCGGUAAUAAAAAUCCAUCGGACAUUGUGAUAAAAAAUGAACCAGUUAUUAUUACAUUCCACUCUGAUGAUUAUCUAUCAAAGACCGGAUUUAGAUUGGCCUAUUAUUUUACUCCUAAAAAAGUUGCAGGUCCCUGCAAAGGAUCAACAAUGAUUCUAACAGCAACGAAUAGAGAACAAUUUAUAACUUCUCUAAAUUAUCCGAAAGAUUAUCCUAAUAACGUAUUUUGCUCUUGGAGAAUAAAGAGUGAUGGCCACCUUGUUCGUAUAUACUUAAAGUUGCCCAUGCUGACCUUCUAUUCAUUCGAUUUGGAGAAUGGUCAAAAUUGCGCUUACGAUAGUUUAGAGAUAUAUAACGCACCAACAAAUAGCUCUAAAUAUAGUGAAAAAUUAUGUGGGACUAAGAAAACUUUCCAGUUUAUUGCUACCGGAAAAGAUCUAUAUUUACAGUUUAAAUCCGAUUAUAGUGUAACAGCGGGUGGGUUUAAAAUAGGCAUUAAAACCACUCAUUUGGAAAGAGAUUGCGGUUUGAGACCUGGAGAAACGAAAGAUUAUAUAUCAAAUAGUAUUAUUGGAGGUGUAGACUCUUCACCUAACGAUUGGCCUUGGCAAGCCUUGAUUUAUGUUCACUUACGAAAUAGCAUACCCAGGUGUGGUGGAACUGUUAUAUCAGACCAAUAUAUUGCAACUGCAGCUCAUUGUGUUACUUUAACAACGGAUUUGUCCAAAUAUAAAGUUAUUUUAGGAGAACACCGAAGGAAGACAAAAGACAACACCGAACAGGAAUUUUCAGUUGAAAAGAUAAUCAUUCAUCCAGAUUUUAAAUCUUAUACAUAUUUAAACGAUAUAGCUUUGAUCAAACUCAAUAAAAGAGCUAUUCUAAAUGAAAAAGUUAGAAAGAUAUGUUUACCUGAUGCGGAGUUAACGCAUGCGGAAUGCUACGUUACUGGAUGGGGUUUAACAAAAAAAAGUGGAGAUAUUAAUAAACUACAACAACUUCAAAUAUCAAUCGUAAACGUAGCUAAAUGCUCUACAGCUUAUUUUAAACUGUAUCGUAUGCAAAGAAUAUGGAAGGAUAGAAUGAUUUGUGCAGGAGGAGAAGCUAACAAAGAUGCUUGUUUUGGUGAUUCGGGAGGACCAUUAUCGUGUAGAGCCGGUAACCGAUGGGUUCUAUAUGGUAUAACAAGUUUCGGCCACGAAUGUGGAUUAGGAAUACCAGGUGUUUAUACAAACGUUCUCCACUAUGUUGAUUGGAUAAGGGAAAAUGCCAAAUUGAAUUAA